CAGCUGCUUUCCAGAGGCAAAGGAUCAAGUCAACAAGCCCAGUGUUGUAACGUUCCAGCUCAAAGCCUGCCUAGGUAACUCAGCAGAGCCAUUUGCCCUUCUGGAAGAGCACAAAUCGCGUCUGGCAGCAGGAGUCUAACCAGGACGCAGAGAGGAGGCAAGAGGCUGGAGACCGUUACAGAUCAGCACCCACGUUGGUGCCUGAUUCUUGGCAAAGCCACCCCUCGGAGCCGAGGAGACCGUUAAGUCAUGAGGCUCGCUGCCAUCCUUUUCCUCUUGUGCUUCAGGCUGCUCGCAAGCCUGGCCCAGGAACCAGACUUCCAGGAAACUGGCUGUGAUGACAAGGAUGUGUUUGAGGCUGUGGAUGUCGCUCUGAAGAAGUACAACCAUGAGAGCCCCAGUGGCAACCAGUUUGUACUGGUCCGCACGACUGAGGUCACCAAGAUGAUUAACCUGGAUGUGUUUUAUUCUGUGAAGUAUGAAAUCAAGGAGGGUGACUGUCCCAUCCAAAGUGGCAAGACCUGGCAGGAUUGUGACUACAGGGACGCCGAGGAAGCUGCCACUGGAGAAUGCACAGCAACGGUGCGGAAGAGGAAGAAUAACAGAUUCUCUGUGGCCGCCCAGACCUGCCAUGUUACUCCAGCGAGGGGCCCUGUGGUGACCACGGAGUACGCCUGCUUGGGCUGCAUGCACCCCAUCUCCCCCGAGAGCCAGGAGCUGGAGCCCAUCCUGACACACGCCAUCCAACACUUCAACAACGACACCAAGCACGCCUACCUCUUCACUGUCGGGGAGGUGAAAAGAGCCCAGAGACAGGUGGUGAAUGGAUGGAACUACGACAUCACCUACUCGGUUAUCCAAACUAAUUGUUCCAAGGAAAAGUUUCAGCUCUUAAGUCCAGAGUGCAAGUCCCUUCCAAACGGCGACACCGGAGAAUGCGUAGGCAACGCCCUCGUGGGUGCGCAGCAGAGCCUGAGCUCCUUCUCACAGAACUGCCAGCUCUACCCAGGGCUGGAUGUGGUGGAGCCGCCCGUCCAGGUGUGCCUUGGCUGCCCCAGUCACCUACCUGUGGACAGCCCUGAGCUGCAGGACUUGCUGGUUCACUCCAUGAAGAAGCUGAAUGCAGAGAACAAUGAAACUUUCUAUUUCAAGAUUGAAGCCGUGAAAAAAGCAACAGUACAGAUCGUGGCUGGGAAGAGAUUUUCUAUCGAGUUCACGGCGAGCGAAACCACAUGUUCCAAAGAAAGCAACGAGGAAUUAACCGAAAGCUGCGAGACCAAAAGUCCUGGGCAACGUCUAACUUGCAAUGCCGAUGUCUAUGUGAUACCUUGGGAGAGAAAAAUCUACCCUACGGUCAACUGUGAGAAGCUUGGAACGAUGACACUGAUGCGAAGGCCUCCGGGUUUUUCACCUUUCCGAGCAGCACAAAUAGAGAGGACAGAAGAAACAACUGUAAGUGCACCCUACACUUCCAUGGCAGCUGUACAAGAUGAAGAGCAGGAUCCAGAAAGAGAACAAGAGCCUGCUCCUGGGCAUGGCAGGGGCCAUCAAAGGCAAACAAAACAUGGGCUUGGCCAUGGCCAUAAAUAUAAGCAUGGCCUAGGCCAUGGACCUCCAAAGCAACAUGGCCUUGGCCAUGGUCACCAGCAGCAACAUGGUCUUGGUCAUGGAUAUCAGCCUGAACUUGACUCUAACCUUAAACAUCAAAGAGGGCAUGGCCCUGACCAUGGACAUAACGAUAAGCAUAAGCAUGGUCUUGGCCAUGGUCCUGGAAAGCAUAAAAAUAAAACCAAAAGCAAUGGAAAGCACAGUGACUGGAGAACAGAGCACUCGGCAAGCUCUGCACAAGAUAGUGCUACAUCCUCUCCGCACAUAGAAGAGAAGACAGAAGGGCCGACUCCCCCUCCUAUCCUAGCCCGACCAGGGGUAGCAGUUACCGUUUCUGGAUUUCAGGACUCAGAUCUCACUGCAACUGUGAUGCCCACCACGCCACCAGCUCCCACAGAGAACGAGGAUGACUGGAUCCCAGAUAUCGUGAUAGAACCUGAUAGCCUUUCCUUCAAAGUGAUACCUGAUUUUCCAGAAACAGCCUCCCCCAAAUGUCCUGGACGUCCCUGGAAGCCAGAUGAUAGAAAGUCUCCCAUCUUGCAAAUGAUUGAAUUUCAUGAUUUUGAUCUCUUGGAUGCUCUUGAUUAACUUACAUGGCCAUGGUAUUUUUCUAACAUUUCAUCAUCCCUUUCCUCAUUGUCUAAACAUAACUAUCCUGACAUAUGGCAGCAAAAGCCACGAAGCUUCAAACAGCCUAGAGAGAAGUGGUGAGAUGCCCAAUAGGGAAGCCCUAAAUCUGUCUGUCUGUAUGGGUUUUUUUUUUUUAAUGUUUUUGACAUAGGAUCUCACUACAUACUU